AUAAAUUCUGAAGCUCACUGCUCAAGCAAGAUAUAAUCCAAUAUUCACUAUAAAUUGACAUUACUUGUUUAUUGAUCUCACAAAUAUGGCUGAAGUGAAGCUUCAUGGGAAAUGGCCGAGUCCAUUUAAUUACAGAGUCAUCUGGGCUCUAAAACUGAAGGGCAUACCUUAUGAUUAUGUAGAAGAGGAUCUGGAGAAUAAAAGUCCAUUGCUUCUGCAGUAUAAUCCAGUCCACAAGAAAAUCCCGGUGCUUGUUCAUGGUGGAAAACCAAUUUGCGAGUCCAUGGUCAUCAUUGAAUACAUCGACGAGAUGUGGCCUGAGAAGCCCUUGCUGCCAAGUGAUCCUUAUGAUAGAGCCGUGGUUCGUUUUUGGAUUCGAUUUGCAGAAGACAAGGGUCUUGUAAUCUGGAAAUUGUUCUAUAGUAAUGGGCAAGGCCAAGAACACAAGAAAGCAAUGAAAGAGUGCGUGGAAAUGCUAGAAACAGUUGAAGAACAUGGCUUUGGCUUAGGAGAGAAGAAAUUUUUCCAUGGAGAAAAGGUUGGCGUAGUCGACAUAACAUUUGGUUCAAUUUUGUAUUGGCUAGAUGUGAUUGAAGAAAUAUUAGGGGUGAAACUACUUGAACCCCAGAAAUUCCCUCGCUUGCAUAAAUGGAUUGAAAAUUUCAAGAAAGUGCCAACACUUGAAGAAAAUCUUCCUAAUCGCGAAGAGACGUUGGUGUUUUUCAAACUUCGGCGAGAAAAGUUUUUGGCAUCUGCAUGACUGAAUGCAGUCACUUACUAUGUGGGAUUUCUAGACUUCUCUCGGUUGUGAGCUAUACUUCUUUAGGCUCGACAGUGGUUUUCCCUGCAUGUACCAAUCACGAGGCUAUUGUGUGGUCAGUACUUUUGUGUAUAAGAGAGUAUUGAGUAAUGAAGAGAUUUAGCUCUCAAAUUUCGCUUGCA